AAUUAUCAGCCAUUUUGGCGUUCUUGGUUGAGUUUUGUGGUUCGAGGUUGAGUGGUCGUUCCCCUGGCGUUUGUUUCGUUUAUUUGAGCCUUUUUGGAGCGUGUGUAGCGGAUAAUAUUGUUGAAGUAUUUUUCCGUAUUUUUUGAGACAAAGAAUAUCCGUAAGGGAUAUUUAUCGAGCAGUUGAGGUUAUUGAAACAUAACGAUUUGGAAGAAACGAUAGAAUGUCGAUUGGAGUACCGAUUAAAGUGCUGCAUGAGGCGGAAGGCCACAUCAUAACCUGCGAGACCAAUACCGGUGAAGUUUAUCGUGGGAAAUUGAUCGAGGCUGAGGACAAUAUGAAUUGUCAGAUGCAGGGGAUCACGGUGACGUACAGGGAUGGAAGGUCUGCACAGUUGGAGAAUGUUUACAUUCGGGGGUCUAAGAUUAGGUUUCUCAUACUGCCUGAUAUGUUGAAAAAUGCUCCGAUGUUUAAGAGACCUGGGGGGAAGGGCUCUGGCACUGCUGGACGUGGAAAGUCUGCGAUACUUCGGGCACAAGCAAGAGGACGAGGACGAGGGCAGAAUCAAAGAGGCAGAGGCACGGGCUCUGCCCCUUGGCUCAAUCAACAGAAUCAACCUGGUGGGUCAGCUCCUGGCAGAGGAAGGGGCUAAUAACUUGGAUUCCCACUCUAUGCUGAUAAGAUUCUUAGAUAUAAGGAACUAUUAUCAUACCCAACUAUUUUUCUUCAUCAACUUCUGAAUGAUUGAUUAUCGUAUGUUCAGGUAUUUUUUAUCGAAGAAGUGUGGGGAGGAUAUUUGCUUUGGCAAGUAUCGUUUGUGAAAUA